AAAAGUUUUAAAUUCGAAUUUUAAAAAUAUUGAAAUGAGUUGAAUUUAAUUGAAUUCCCGCCAAUUUUAACUUGAUAUGGAUUGAAAAAAAUGAUAAUAUUUAAAGUAUUACGAAGCUCAUUAUCAUCAUCAUCAUCAUGUAUUUAUUAUCAUUAUCAUCAACAACAAAGUAGCGGUUGUUGUCAUCGAUGGUUAUUUUUGCAAUCACAAUUUAAUCGUAAAUUGUCAUCAUUAAUGACCUUGAAUAAUAAUCUGCAUGGUGAACAACAACAACACCGUAAACGAAUUAUCACGAGCUACUAUAAUGAUGAUGAUGCGACUAGUCUCAAACUUCACCAUCAUCAUCAUCACAUAAGCGAUCGAAAAAUACGAAGAAAUAUCCCUGUUUAUUUUGAUCAUUCCAUUUUUGUCGUACGUCAACCGAAACGAACAUUUAGUCAAUCAACAACAACAAAUUUGAAUUCUGUAAAAUCUAUUGGUGAAAAACAACAAAUUGAUAACCGGCAACAAAAAAUGGCAAAAUUAUUAAGCGGUAAAGAAGUUUCAGAUGAAAUUCGUGCCAAACUUCGUGAACAGGUAACACAUUUAUCAAUUAAACCAACAUUGGCCAUUAUUCAGGUUGGUGGUCGUGAAGAUUCCAAUGUUUAUAUUCGUAUGAAGAAAAAUUUUGCCGAAUCUAUUGGUGGUAAUUCUAUUCAUUUACAAAUGCCACGUGCUACUAAAACCAAUCAGUUAGCAGCCGAAGUUGAAAGAUUAAACAACGAUCCCAGUGUACAUGGUAUCAUCGUACAAUUACCAUUUGAUUCAGAAGAACCAAUCGAUGCACAUUAUAUUACAAAUCUAAUAUCGGCUGAAAAAGAUGUUGAUGGUUUAACUGUAGUGAAUGCUGGUAAUCUAUUACAUGGUAAAAUUAGUGGCAAAGAAGGAUUUAUACCAUGUACACCAUAUGGUUGUUUGGAAUUGAUUAAAAAAUCGGGUGUUCAAAUCGAAGGUGCAAAAGCUGUUGUGCUUGGUCGUUCAAAAAUUGUCGGCUCACCAAUGGCACAAUUAUUAGUCUGGAAUAAUGCAACAGUUACUAUUUGUCAUUCAAGAACAAAAAACUUACCGGAAGUUUGUCGAAAUGCCGAUAUUUUGGUUGUGGCCAUUGGAAAACCAUUAUUUGUUAAAAAAGAUUGGAUUAAACCAGGUGCCGUUGUUAUUGAUUGUGGAAUAUCAUCGAUACCGGAUUCAACGAAAAAAAGUGGUCAACGUUUAGUUGGUGAUGUUGAUUUUGAUCAAGUUAAAGAAGUUGCUUCAUAUAUAACACCAGUUCCAGGUGGAGUUGGUCCAAUGACGGUAGCCAUGUUGAUAAACAAUACAGUUGAAUCGGCAAAACGUGUUGAUGAAAUGAAUAAAUCUAAGUGGAAAUUGGAAAAAAAUCCAUUGAAUCGUUUGAUUCCUGUACCAUCUGAUAUUGAAAUAACUCGUUCGCAUAAAUGUAAACCAAUCAGACAAUUAUGUACGGAAAUUGGAUUGAAUGAAAAUGAAUAUGAACCAUAUGGACAUUAUAAGGCAAAAAUUAAUCGUCCAAUACCGGAUGAAUUUGAUCAGAAAAAAAUGGGAAAAUAUGUUAUUGUUGCCGGUAUGACACCAACACCAUUAGGUGAAGGUAAAAGUACAACAACUAUUGGUCUGGCACAAUCAUUAUCCGGUCAUUUGAAUCGUAAUACUAUUGCCUGCAUCAGGCAACCAAGUCAAGGACCAACUUUCGGUAUUAAAGGUGGUGCAGCUGGUGGUGGUUAUUCACAGGUAAUACCAAUGGAUGAAUUUAAUCUACAUCUUACUGGUGAUAUACAUGCAAUAUCAGCAGCUAAUAAUCUGAUUGCAGCCGCAAUUGAUGCACGUUAUUUUCAUGAAUCAACACAAAAAGAUUCGGCACUUUAUGAUCGUUUGGUGCCAAAACAUCCAAAUAAACCGAGAAAAUUUUCCAAAAUUCAAUUGAGACGUUUAGAAAAACUGGGUAUUCCAACCGAAAUCGAGCCAGAUCAAUUAACUGAUGAACAAAAAACAGAAUUUUCUCGAUUAAAUAUUGAUAUCGAUACUAUUACAUGGAAUCGUGUUGUUGAUUGUAAUGAUCGUUAUCUACGUUCGAUUACAAUUGGCCAAGCAUCAACGGAAAAAGGAUUAUCAAGAAAAACUCAAUUCGACAUAGCGGUUGCAAGUGAAUUAAUGGCUAUUUUAGCAUUAGGUCAAAAUAUGUUGGAUAUUAAACAACGAAUUGGUCGGAUUGUUGUUGCAUUUUCAAAACAUCAACCACCACGACCAAUAACAUGUGAUGAUUUAGGUGUUACAGGUGCUGUUAUGGUUCUAUUAAAAGAUGCAAUCAAACCAACAUUAGUACAAACAUUGGAAGGAACACCAGUUUUUGUUCAUUGUGGUCCAUUUGCUAAUAUUGCCCACGGUAAUUCAUCGGUAAUUGCUGAUAAAAUUGCUCUGGAAUUAGUUGGUCCGGAUGGUUUUGUCCUAACCGAAAGUGGUUUUGGUGCUGAUGUUGGUCUAGAAAAAUUGGUCGAUAUUAAAUCCCGUGCUUCGGGAUUAAAACCCGAUCUGGUUGUAUUGGUUUGUACAAUAAGAGCAUUAAAAAGUCAUGGUGGUGGACCAUUAGUUACACCUGGUGCUAUUCUACCGAAAGAAUAUCGUGAAGAAAAUCUUGACCUUGUUGCAAAAGGAUUAAUAAAUCUAAAAAUUCAUAUUGAAAAUAUUCGUGAACAUUUUGGUUUACCAGUAGUGGUUGCCAUAAAUAAAUUUCAAACUGAUACUGAAAAUGAAUUGGAUUUAGUACGGAAAGAAACCAGAAAAUUUGGUGCAUAUGAUUCGUGUAUUGCUAAUCAUUGGGAAUUAGGUGGUGAAGGUGCAAUAGAAUUAUCUCGAUCAAUAAUCGAUGCAUGUGAAAAUGCUGAAAAUCAUUUUCGUUUUGUUUAUGAUGAUUCGGAUUCAAUUGAAAUGAAAAUUGAAAAAAUUGCUAAAAAAAUUUAUCGUGCCGAACAGGUUGAAUAUAGUGAACAAGCACGAAAACGUUUACAGCUUUAUAAACGACUUGGUUAUGAUCGAUUGAAAAUUUGUAUAGCAAAAACACCAUUAUCAAUAUCACAUGAUCCAUCCAAGAAAGGUGCACCAAGUGGUUAUAAAUUCCCUAUAAAAGAUAUUCGUGCAUCGGUUGGUGCCGGUUUUCUUUAUCCACUUGCCGGAGAGAUUCAAACAAUGCCUGGACUACCAACAAGACCAGCAUUCUAUGAUAUUGAUAUCGAUACGGAAACCGGUAUCAUUGAUGGAUUAUUUUAACAGAAAAACUUUUCG